AUGAACCAGCUUGGCGAGUACGAAGACGAGAUUCCAAAAGUUAAUAAGCCCAAAGCAACUUCGAAAGACGAAAACGACCCAUUGAAAUUGUUAGACAAAAACGGACGACCAAGAAUGUGUUAUCGAUGCAAUGAGUCGGCUUUACGAGGUACGAUGGUUAGUUGCGAUGUAUGCCCUUUAAACUGGCAUGUCGAUUGUUUACCUUCUCCUACGUGGACUAUUGGAUCCCGCUGGAAGUGUCCUAAUCAUGCUGACCAGGCCACCAAACUGCCUAGGAGACCACGAAAGUACAAGGUCGUCGAUACUGUUCUGCAACGAGGCUUCAAAAACGACGGUAACGUCGAAGUUCUCGACUCGUCAGAUGAGGAAGAAGAAGGCUUUGUUCAAGACAUUCCUUUCUUUGACAAUUACGACACCAGGAUCGGAGUCGCCUCUAGAAUCAAUAAAGGAUCGGAAAAGACAUUCCUUUCAAAUGGUGUUCUUUAUCGGCUGCCUUCGAGAGGUAUCAAAUUGGAUUUCAUCGAAGCUGUACACGAUUCAUACGACGAGCCAUACCCAGAUUCUAUCAGAUCAGACAUUCUUGUCGCACUCGACGAACUGGCAACAAAAAGUCUUGAUGUCCAACAGGCAGUACGCAAUCUAGCUUAUUUGCAAUCAGACGGUGAUCCUAGUGUCAAAGUAGCAAUUGGCAAAGAAAACAUUAAUGUCCUUGUUUCGGCUGCUCUUGAAGAACUUCCUGAUAGUAAUCCUGCUCCACAAGGCCCUAGUGUCUAUAUAAAACCGGACACUGGUUCUCCCAGUCCUCCAAGACACACAAACGGUCGAAGUAGUGCUAGGAGUAGCUUGGCUGGUUCCGUCACUGACUCUGAUAGAGAUGCUCUUACCAGUAAUUCGUCUGUUGACGAUGAAGUCCUGGACAGCGAACGUGAUCAGUUACGAAUCAUCAAACGUCUCAUGCAAAUCAAGGGUAAAGACAAGCUAGUCAAGUUUUUGCUAGAGAAGUAA